AUGCCUUACCACAAGACUGUCAAGAGCAGCGCGUACUUCAGCCGCUACCAGACCAAGUACCGCCGCAGAAGAGAGGGUAAAACCGACUACUAUGCCCGUAAGCGCCUGAUCACCCAGGCCAAGAACAAGUACAACGCUCCCAAGUACCGCCUCGUUGUGCGCUUCACCAACCGCGACAUCAUCACUCAGAUCGUCUACUCUGAGAUCUCCGGUGACAAGGUCUUCGCCAGCGCCUACGCCCACGAGCUCAAGCGCUAUGGCAUCACCAACGGUCUGACCAACUGGGCCUCCGCCUACGCCACCGGUCUGCUCCUUGCCCGCCGUACCCUGAAGAAGCUCGGCCUUGACGAGCAGUUCACCGGCGUUGAGGAGGCUGACGGCGAGUACACCCUCACCGAGGCCGCCGAGACCGACGACGGCAGCCGCCGCCCCUUCAAGGCCUUCCUUGACGUUGGUCUUGCCCGUACCUCCACCGGUGCCCGUGUCUUCGCUGCCAUGAAGGGUGCCUCCGACGGUGGUGUCUACGUUCCCCACUCCGAGAACCGUUUCCCCGGCUUCGACAUCGAGUCCGAGGAGCUCGACGCCGAGACUCUCCGCAACUACAUCUUCGGUGGCCACGUCGCCGAGUACAUGGAGGGUCUUGCCGACGACGAUGAGGAGCGUUUCCGUGGCCAGUUCCACAAGUACGUUGACGCUGGCGUCGAGGCUGGUGACAUCGAGGAGCUCUACACCGAGGCCCACAAGGCCAUCCGUGAGGACCCCUUCAAGAAGGACGAGGAUGCCGACUCCAAGAAGACCAAGGAGCAGUGGAAGGCCGAGAGCAAGAAGUACCAGCAGAAGAAGCUUUCUCACGACGAGAAGAAGGCCCGUGUUGAGCAGAAGAUCCGUGAGCUUGCCGCGUAA